AUGUCUCAUCUUUAUUUCUGCAGUGUCGGACAGCGUCAACUGGUGUGUCUGGCCCGUGUUCUUCUCCGCAAGAUCCGUGUGCUUGAUGAAACGACGACCGCCGUCAUUGUCUCCACGGACGCAUUGAUCCAGAAGACGAUCCGCGCGGGAGUUUGCCAACUCGACAGUUCUCACCAUCGCUCGCCGGCUGAAUACCACCGUGGACUAUGA